AUGACGACACUAGGAUCAGCAGGUGGAGGUUCAUCUUUGUUUGGUGGAGGUGGUUCGACAGGUGGAUCAUCGUUGUUUGGAGGAGGUGGUGCUGCCGCAGUACCAUCAUUGUCUUUGGGAUCGACAGCUGGAGGUUCAUUAUUUGGUGGAGCUGCUGGAGGUGCAGGAACAGGAGGAGGAGGAUUGUUUGGUGGAGGAGGAGGAGCAGCUCCUACACCAACUAUACCAUCACUAUCAUUAGGAUCAUUGUCAGGUGGGGGAGGAGGAGGAGGAGGAGGUUUGUUUGGAACAUCUUCUACUACUCAACAACAACAACAACCUGCUCAACAAACAUCUUCGUUAGGUGGAGGGUUAGGAGGAGGAGGACUAUUUGGUGCACCAACCUCUUCAUCCUCUCUAUUUCCUUCAGCGCAACCGCAGCAACAACAACCCACUCAACAAACAUCAUCAUUAUUCGCAGGUGCUGCUUCUUCGUUGGCAGGUCCACCAUCAUCAACCUCUUUGUUUGGUCAACCUCAACAACAACAACAACAAUCAUCAUUAUUUCAACAACCUCAACAAACACAACAAUUACAACAAUCAUCUUUAUUCGCGACACCACAACAACAACAACAAUUACAACAACAACAACUUUUACAACAACAACAACAACAACAAACUGGAGUUAGAACAGUUGAAACUAAAAUAGCUGAAUUAAUACAAUCUAUAAAUCCUGAAAGUCCUAAUUGCAAAUUUUUAUAUUGGUUUUUCAAUUAUGCUGGACAAAAGUUAGAUCCAAGUAAAAUACCUAAACCAACCUAUUUAAGUGAUGAACAAUGGACAUAUAUCAAUUCACAGAACCCCGAUCCAACCAUGUUUGUUGCAGUUGCCGCUCGAUCAUUUGAUGAUCUAAUUAAAAGAAAAACAGUACAAAAAUUGAAUAUCGAUAAAUUACAUGAAUCAACUAUUGAUACAUUAAAACAUAUUAAAGAAUUACAAAAUUAUUUAAAUUUACAAAUUCAAUCACAAUUGGAAACAAUGAGAAAAAAGAAUAUCGAAUUAUUACAUAAAUAUAUUGAAGUGUGGAGCAAGGUGGAAUGUUACAAUGGUAAGGCCAAGUCGGUUACAUCUGCCGAAGAACAAUUAUUGCGUCGUGUCAAGAUGAUUGGUGAGGCAUUGUCACAACCAUCGACCAACUCGAUCAAGAAUCGUGUCGAAGAACUCAGUAACCAAUUGAUCAUUCGAAAUAUGGCACAACGUGACAACGUAAACUUCCAACUCGAUACUAAUUCAUUGGAAUCCCUCUACACUGUAUUUAAAAACAUGACUGCUGCCAUUGAAAAUAUGUCUUCAGAUUUGGAAAAUUCUUUACAAGAUGCUGAAAUAUUAAAGAAUGAAUUGGCAAAAUUACGUCAAUAA